AUGUGCGGCGAAUGUUAUUUGCAUGACGUUGAUUCGGGGACAGGGGAUGCCCUGUUUAAGCCCUUAAUUAGUCAAAUGGAAUACUAUUCAGGCAAUAACUUCACUGUGAGAAUGUCCGCCAUUCAAAGUGUUGCAGGUGGAAUUGGUAGCUCAUAUGAACUGCAUUUUCCAGAAACAGCACCCUACCUAGCUGAACUGUUGAAAGACGAUUCUGAAGAGAUGGACGAUCAGAUAAGCGGACGAAACUGGACGGCGGACAAAUUUGGAAUAUUCAAAAUAUUUUAUUGGAGAUAUUUGAUUAGAAGCAAUCUUGUCAUUCAAUUGAAUGGCGCCAGAUAA